UUUAUUCAACUUUGAACGCUCGAAUCUGCAACAACGCAAAACCAAUAACGCAAGACCAGAGGAAAACGACAAACGUGUCGCAGUUUGUGGAAUCAUAAGAUUUGAAGAACUUCAUCUGGGAUAAGCAUAAGCUGCUUCCUCAACUUGUGUCUGUGUGUGCGGGUGUUAGUGCAAUUUCGAUUUGGAUUUACCUAAUUUAACACUCAACGAUAACUAAUUCUAAGCACAACAAAUUAAACCAAUACAAAAACGGGCAAUGUGAAAACUUCAAAAGCGAGACAAACUAAAAUACAAAAACAAAAACCUAAUUGUCACACAAUCACAGCAAUUUGUCAAAAUAUCAGAUAUCAACAAACCACUGCAAGUGUCCAGGACUCUCUUUGGCCACUAAACAAAAAAACCCGUGCUUCGCCUGUGGCGAUUUAAUUAUUUUGUGGCCCUCCAGUGACACCGAAGCCUUAAACUGGCGCUCAAAGUCCGGAAGCAUCUUUCCUCUUACUCGCCAACGCUGCUGAGUGCCGCGUUUACCAGCCUGAACAGCGUCUACCACAGCAGCAGCGACACCGCUCCUGACGAGGAGCCGGACCAGUCACCAGUCCAUCAACAGGCACAUCGCCAGCGGGCGCAUAGCCAAAGUCAGAGUCACAGGGAUCGCGGCCACAGCCAGAACAGCAGGGCAGGAGAGAUGGGCGGGCCCACAGCGCCCGUGGCCAACAGCGAAGGCCAGACUUACUGCCUGCGUUGGAACAAUCACCAGACAAAUCUGGUGCAGAUUCUGCACGCUCUACACGAGGUCGGCAGCUAUGUCGACUGCACCCUAGUCGUUGACGAUGAGCAGUUCAAGGCACACCGUGUGGUUUUGGCGGCAAACUCGCCGUACUUCCAGCACAUACUGCAGGAAGUGCCCCAAGACCAGUGCAGCAUAAUCCUGCCAGGAGUGAGGGGCUUCGAGAUUGCGGCAUUGCUACAGUACAUGUACACGGGUGAGACCACGGUGACCAAGAGCCAGGAGCCGGAGAUCUUGCGCACUGCCAAGGAGCUGCAGGUCAAGGGGCUCUACGACAAUCUGAUGAAGUACAACCACAAGGCGUCCAGCGCAUCGGAGGAUCGUGCGCAAAGCCAGUUCCAUGCCAGCAUCACGCCGACAUCCAGCUCGGGACUGGGCGCUGGCUCUGGAAAGCCCCUUAACGGGUCCUCUGCCGACGGAUCCUUUGGCCAGCAGCACCACAACUCCUCCUCCGUGAUCUCAACGUCCACGCAUAUCUCGCCCAGCGCCGCCAUCUCGAGCAGCUGCUCCCCACCGCCGCCGCCAUUCGGAGCCUACCAGCCGCCGUAUACAAACUUCCCGCCUGGAAGUGGAACUAUCAAUCCACAUACCCAUAUUCCAGCCGGAGAGACUCCCCUGACGCCCACCCAUUCGGCACCCCACGCCGUAGCCGGUGAGGCUGGACAGUGGCCUCUGUCACCCUCCGCUGCCGCUGCCGCCAUGCUAAACUCCGUGUAUGAGUCCGCAGCCGACAUGAAUCCUCUCAAACGCAAGAAACUCUCGGCAAUCUCAAGCAUGCUUCUCAACAGUACCCGGGACACCCCCAUUCUGCGCAAUGUGCUAGCCCAGGCAAACCCAGCUGACUCCUCGCAGCCAAACCCUCAACUACUGAAGAGCAACUCCACCUCCUCCCUAAACGAGAAGACUCCCACCCAUCAGCAUCAGCACCAGCACCCGCACCAGCACCAGCACCAGCAUCACAGCGGAGGCGGAGUCGGCGUCAGCGUGAGCGGUGGUACCGGUAGCCACAGCUUCAACGGCUCGGACUACGGCGGUGACAAGGAGCCCCUAUCACCACACACUGAUCGUUCCUUUGAUGAGGAGACGAGUGGGCCGGGCGGCAAGAAGCCGGAGUGGAAGCGUUAUAAGCAAUACACCCGGGCGGAUAUGAUGUGUGCCAUUCAGGCCGUUCGGGAAGGCAUGAGCGCGCUCCAGGCGAGCCGCAAGUAUGGACUGCCGAGCCGCACCCUCUACGAUAAGGUUCGCAAGCUAAACAUCACUACAGGUCGUGGCACGCAUCGCACUCCCAAGCGUAGCCCACCCGGCGUGGAGUCUUCAGCCGCUUUUCCCUACUCCGCGGCAGCCGCUGCCGCAGCUGCACACAACUACGGUCAUGUCCACGGGCAUGGCCAGGCGGAUCUAGACCGUGAACCAAAGGAGCAUGGCCAGCAUAGUGGUCAUCUAGGCGGACACCACGGCAUGCCACCCACCAUUCCACAUUCGGCAGCCGCCCUUCUUGAUCACGCCUUCCUACAGCAGGCCCUGGAGAAUCGAGGCGGGGAUAUGGCCGGACGUGAAGCACUCCAUGCCAUGGCCCUGGCAGCGGCAGCUCACGCAGCUGCCAACCGAAUGUCUAGCAGCCCCCAAGAGUCUGGGUCGAAUGGACACGCAGCCAGAUCUCCAAGUCCUAGGGCUCAACACUACUCUGAGCACGAGGCCAUGGAGAUUGAGAUGGAGAAGCACGAGCAACGCCUGAUCAAGAGGGAGCGUGACCAGGAUGAGCGCGAGGACGCUGACGAUGAAGAUGAUCAUGAGCAGGAGCAGGAGCAAGAUCAGGAUCAUGACCAUGUGGAAGAUCUUUCGCUGGCACGCAAAGAACGCCCCGAGUCGCCAUACUCUCCUCGUCCCCCACGGGCCUCCUCGCCGGUCGAGAGCGCCAGUGUGAUAAUGCACUCAAACAGCGCCUCCACCAAUGGAAAGGAUCACGAGGAUUAUCCCCACUCACCACCGCCCGUUGCCCUAGGUCUAGGUCUGAAGCGGGAGCUACUUGGCGGAGAGGAUUCGCAGGCCAGAACCGACUGAUUAACGCUCACCAUGGCCUGGCAGUACGCGGCGGACAGCUACGAUUCCAUAUGCUAGGCCGGCUAGGCAAGAUCCACGAUCCCAGUACACCGUCCCAAUGUUACCCUACCCCUUCUGUUAUUAUUUUCUUUUCGGCGUACAACGUGCGACUAAAAUGUUGUUUUCUCAAUGGCAUCGACAUCGAUCAGCGAUCAGUCGAUCUGCGUUGGUGAAGCUUUAAACGAGAACCCCUCAUCCAAAUCGAGGCGGGUGCACAACAGCAUCUGCACCUUAGGAGGAAAUCAAAUCAAAUCAAAUCCACAAUCUACAAUAAAAGAAAUUGUUGUCAGCAUCACUUUGUGCCUAAUACAGAAACGUUAGUUUAGACUAGGAUAUGCAUAGGUUAAACACAUAAACACACACACACACACACAAACACACACUAGGCUAGGCGACACAGACACCCCCCAAUCGGACACUUAUUCUGGGCACUCGAUGGCCAUUUAAGCUUACUAGCUAGCUAGUAGUGGUCUUUGACGCUUAUUGGUCGGAGACCCUUGACCCAAGCUAUAGCUAAGGAAAGAUAUGUAAACUAUACAAUUACAUAAGACUGAAGGAAGAAUCCGCAUAUUAGAGGCGAUCAAGGGCAGAGCGAAAGAGGCUACCGGAUACCCUGUAGGGUAGGAACAUAUGACAGAAUCAGAUACAGUUAGGAUCAGAUCAGAAUGAGUUAGCAAUACAACUUUGUACAACUUUGUUAAUGCCAGUGAUUUGUUUUAAAAAAUAAUUAGCACUAGAUAUUUAUAAUAGAUACAUACAUACAUUCAUACAUACAACGUAUAAAGCCUUAUGUUUAUGAUUUCCGAGACCUCUAUAAGAACAGAAACAGAUAUGAACACAACUACCUCGAUAAAGCAUAUUCUAGAUUUUUUUGAAGAACGAACUUCUUUGUUACCUUGUCAUUAUCAUAUUAGAAAUAAGCACUGUCCUGGGUUGAAUUUUAUAAGACUGACACCGACUCAAACGACUCAAAUGUACCACGAAAAUAUGCAACCAGAGCCGAGCACAUUAAAUACAAAUACAAAUUAAAAUACAAGUGGUAACCAAUCCAGUUGAGCGUACAAAUUCAGAAAUAACUUACUUAGUUCUAACCCAGCUUAAAAUUAAUGAUUUAGUCUAUAGGAAACAACUUCAAAUACAACUUUGACUCUACACAUAAUUAGAACUUAAGCAUAGGCAAAACUAAAACAAACAAAUAAUAUAUACAUAUAUGUAAGCAAAUCCAACAAACAUGCGCUGGGGGCAAUGCAAUAGGCUCUUUAAUUAUAAACACCUACACAGAUACAAUUAUGUUAUCGUACGGUUGAUAAUGUUAAUUUGUUAUACGAGUAACCUCUGUACAUAAAAUCAUAGUCUACACAUACAUCAGACAUACAUUACACACAUGCACAUCCAUACGAGUUAUACAAAGAUCGACAUGCAGUUAUUAGAUCUAGAGUAUUAAUUAAGAAAAAUUGUAAUGCAAUUUAAAGCAUAAUCCUAGACACUUGACUUUCAUAACAUUAUGAUAAGCGAUCGAAUGCGAAAUAAACUGACUGAAUCAAUCAAA